GGGACUCUCCCCGCCUGGGCCCUGGGGCCGCGCUUGGGGGCUGCGGACGCUGAGCCCCGCAGAGGCUGCGCGCAGGGAGCCCGCGACGCCCCGCGGGCUGAGGAGCCGCCCGGCAGCGAUGGCGCAGAAGAGGCGCGGUAAGGGGCCCGGCCCCUCCCAGGGGGAAGACCCGGCCGGGGACGAGGACUACGCGCUGACCCAGAGCGCCAGCCAGGUGCGGCGCAACCUGGAGCGACUCUCGCCGGCUCAAGUGGAUCAGAAGGUGAGCGAAUUGGUGCAAUACCUGCUGGUCAAGGAUCAGAAGAAAAUCCCCAUCAAACGGGCAGAUAUCCUGAAAAAUGUCAUCAAAGACUACAGAGGCGUCUAUUCUGAGAUCAUUAAGCGAGCCGGCAGGACCCUCCAGCAGGUUUUUGGGCUGCAGCUGAUGGAGAUAGACCCCAAGCAUCACAUCUACAUCCUGGUCAGCAUCCUGCCGCGCCUGGAAGUGGAUAACUUGAAACAGGAUGAUUGCACAGCAAAGCUGGGCCUCCUCACUGUCAUCCUCAGCUUCCUCUUCAUGAAGGGCAAUGCUGCUAAAGAAUCUGCUGUGUGGGAGACGUUGAGGAGACUGCGAGUUGACCCUGGAGUGAGACACGAGGUCUUUGGGGAUGUCAAGAAGUUGGUGACUGAGGAAUUUGUCCGCCAAAAGUACCUGGAAUACAACCGCAUACCCCACACAGAUCCACCCGAGUUUGAGUUCCAGUGGGGGGCACGGGCUGCCAAGGAGACCUCCAAGAUGCAGAUCCUGCGCUUUGUCGCCAAGAUCCAAAACAAGGACCCCAAGGCCUGGAGCACCCAGUACACUGAGGCAGCAGCUGAGGAGGCAGCUGCGGGGGGCCUGUUCCAAGACAUUAGCACCCCUGGAGACACUGGUGGGGCCAGCCAGGGGGCACGGAGGAGGACCCGGUGAGCCUUGUCCACUUCACCCACAGGUGGUCUGCCCCAUGAUGCCUUGUGAACCAGCAGACCUGAGAAUUAGGGGAGCUGUGGCCUCUGCCCAUGCUGAGCCUAGCAUCCAGCACCCAAGGGUCCACUGUGGCAGCUGCCUCUGCCCUCCUGAUCUCAGCCCACCUGAGACAUGGCCCAUGGACAAAUGGGUUGUAAAAUGCAGUUUGAUUGUUGUACAUUGAUGAGCUCAGCUCCAGAGACCGCUCCUCACCUUUCUGGAGGGGGGCAUGGGCAGCUUGUGUGAACCCCUCCCUCCGGAGUUGCCAUGGAGUGGGUUUCUGCCACACGCAGGGGCUGGCUCAGAGCUGGGCACUGACAUGACCUCUGAUCCUUGUGAUUCACCCACGACGCUUUCAAAUAAAGUCCCCUUAGUGGAGUAUGCAAUUUUCUGCGGUGGGAUUUUAACUACAGGGGGUGAGUUUCUGGAGGCCAGGAGCAUUCUAAGCUCUUGCCUGCUGCCUGUGUGGAAGGGGGUUUGUUUGUAGGAGGGGUCCUAGAUGAGCGUCUCCGGGAAGAAGCUCCAGGCACAAGGCUAUGUCUGCAGAGGGUUGGAGCACAGCAAGCAGCUUGCUGUAGCAGCCCGCGAACAGCGCUGGUGCUGGUGGCAGGUGAUGGUCCUGGGUAUGUUACCUGAGCUAGGGCUGUGUCUGCAGCUGCUGCAUUCCUCCCUGCCUGCAGCGCCCCACAGUGGCAAUCACGUAGCCUUGCUGUACAGUUACACAGGGGGGCAGCCCCCCCCCCGCCCCCCCCAGGUCAUUGAGUGAUCGGCUCAGGCAGCGUUGUGCACACUCAGGACGAUUCCCCCCUUGCCAAGUGAUCAACUCAGGUUCUCUGAAGACCUCGGCAGCGUCACUCAUGCUCAGGGCAGCUCCCCCCCUCGCUGAGCGAUCGGCUCAGGCUUGCUGCGGGCUAGAAACUGAAAGGCCAGCUCAUGUGGCAAUCUGUGACAUUAGGAGCCAGGGCCCGAGGCCCCAGUCUAGCCCCACAGUCCCUGUGAAGAGAACAGCACUGACCCCACAGCUACGGCGAAGGAGAGAGCCUGCUUUAAAGGGCACAGGUGGGCACCACACACGCUUCUUCGAGCUCCCGUGUCACAUUGACAUUCUGCAACAAGACCCAGGAGGUAGGGGCUUACACCCACCUCGUUGGCCGGAGCUGUGCCCAAUCCCAUGGCUUUGAGAGGGGGGGUGUCCCUUUUGUGCCUCAGUUUCCCCUCCCCACCUCCCAGUCUAUUUAGACCAUGUUUUCUAGGGUAGGGGCUGUCUUUCAUUAGGGCUCUGACACCCAGCAUGCCAGGAGUCCUGAUCUCAGGCAUGGGGUGUCUGAUGGGCCCUUGAUCUCAGGUGGGGUGUCAGGUGCACCCCCAGUUUAUAAUCUAGGGCCCCCAGGGACGUUAAUGGUGUUAGCACAGGUGUGCAGGGAGUGCAGUGAGGGUGUUUAGCUGCUGGCAGGAAGGGGCAUAGCCUGGAUUGAGGGGGGCAGAAUGGCUUUACCUGGACCCCAAGCUGUGAGGAAGGUGCCAGGCCAAGCUCGAAGUGGGGCCAUUUGGUGGACUCCUGGAUAGCCAGGGGGUAGGUCCGGUAGCAAGAUUGUUUGUUUGAAAGACACAGAACCAUCAUUGAACUGGGAGGAUUGGUCCUAACUGGAUGGACUGCUGAAAGUUUGGGGGUGAGAGAUACCUUUGUCUUUCAAAUCCUAUUUAGCUUGGUAACACUUCUGUAAGAGUUUACUUAUAAUCACUUAACGGCUAUUGUUCUCUAGUUAAUGAACUUGUUUGAAUGGGUUCAUUAAACCGGUGUGAUUUGA